AGGCCAAACUCUUGCCGCUGUAAAUAACCUUUAGUCCUGACUAUCUAUAUCAAUUAAUAUACCCUUCUCAUUGACCUGCUUUCGACAUAGUAUAUAUAUAGAGAGAGAUAUAUAGAGAGAGAGAGAGAUCAUGUCAGACGGCAAGACUUUCAAGCUCAGCAACGGCGUCUCCAUCCCCGCCGUGGGCUUCGGCACCUUCGCCAACGAGGGCGCCAAAGGAGAGACCUACAAGGCUGUCACGACAGCCCUGCGCGUCGGCUACCGUCAUCUGGACUGCGCCUGGUACUAUCUCAACGAAGACGAAGUCGGCGACGCAGUGCGCGAUUUCUUGCAGGAAACGCCCUCCGUCAAGCGGGAGGACCUGUUCAUCACCACCAAGGUCUGGAAUCACCUCCACCGCUACGACGAUGUGCUCUGGUCGCUCGAGAGCUCCCUGCAGAAUCUCAAGACCAGCUACGUCGACCUGUUCCUCAUCCACUGGCCCAUCGCCGCCGAGAAGGAGUCGCAGGAGAAGCCCAAGGUUGGGCCAGACGGCAAGUACGUGAUCCUCAAGGACCUAACCGAAAACCCUGAGCCGACAUGGCGCGCUAUGGAGAAACUCUACGAGGACAAAAAGGCACGCGCGAUUGGCGUGUCCAAUUGGACCAUCAAGGGACUGGAGCAGCUGCAGUCGUUCGCGAAAGUGAAGCCGCACGUCAACCAGAUCGAAAUCCACCCGUUCCUCCCGAACAACGAGCUAGUCGAGUACCUGUUCAAACACGACAUCCUGCCACAGGCAUACUCGCCGCUCGGCUCACAGAACCAGGUGCCGACGACAGGCGAGAAGGUGAGCGAGAACAAGACGCUGACUGCGAUUGCGGAGAAGCGCGGGUACACGUUGGCGCAGGUGCUGAUCGCCUGGGGCAUUCGCCGAGGGUAUGUCGUGCUGCCCAAGAGCUCGAACCCGGCGCGCAUCGAGUCCAAUUUCAAGUCGAUCCAGCUGUCCGAUGACGACUUUGCUGCCGUCAAUGCUGUUGCUGAUAAUCGGCAUUUCCGCUUUGUUAAUAUGAAGGAUACCUUUGGGUAUGACGUGUGGCCUGAGGAGGCCAAGGCUGCCAUUUCCACCUGAUCUAUCUACAAUAUAUAAAUACAAUAUUAGAAUAGCUUUUUACAUUAUUACCAGGAAAGAUGUAUGAUGUUUGCAUAGACGGGGUACAUAUGAAUUCAGGGCAUGUCGCGGGGUAGCGGGGUAUACUGCGCAUUCUUGAUACGCUAUAUUGAUACUAAGAGUGAAGCGAUUAGAAUAAUCUGUUGCUCGUCUGACCGCAUCUAUCUCAUUAGUAUUACCAUUACAUACUAUACUUUCGUAAUAAUUAUUAUUAUUCCC